UCUCGAUCCACCCACCUCACAAUGGUAACCUCCCUCUGCCGCUGCGCCCGCCUCGCCGCCUCUCCCCGUCUCCUCAUCUCUUCUCGCGGCCUCACCACCUCCUCGCGAUCCUUCGCCACCACAAGAGACGACUCCGCAACUACACCUCAUACCUCCGCCUCUAAGCCCGCUCGGCCCUCCUACUUCAAAAACUCCAAAGUCCCCUCCUUCGACGACUUUGUCGGCGGCAAGAAUGAAGUCCUGGGCAUCUCCGAAUCGCUAGAACUCCGCACCGCCAUGGUCGGGCCCGCCGGAAAGAAACGCCAAAUCACACGGCUCCCCGAAUGGCUCAAAACCCCCGUGCCCGUUGGCGAGAACUUCAAGAAAAUAAAGCACGACCUGCGCGGGCUGGGGCUGCACACUGUAUGCGAGGAAGCGCGGUGUCCGAACAUCUCGGACUGCUGGGGCGGGAGCGACAAAGCCGCCGCCACAGCAACAAUCAUGCUGAUGGGGGACACCUGCACGCGCGGGUGCCGCUUCUGUAGCGUCAAGACGGAUAAAGCGCCGGCGCCGCUGGACCCGCACGAGCCUGAGAACACGGCCGAGGCGCUGAAGCGGUGGGGGCUGGGGUAUGUGGUGCUGACGAGCGUGGACCGGGAUGAUCUGGCGGACGGGGGCGCGCGGCAUUUCGCGGAGACGAUUAUGAAGAUCAAGCAGAAGGCGCCGGCGAUGUUGGUGGAGGCGUUGACGGGGGAUUAUGCGGGGGAUUUGGAGAUGGUCGCGCUGGUCGCGCGGAGUGGGUUGGAUGUGUAUGCGCACAACAUUGAGACAGUGGAGGCGCUGAGUCCGAUGGUCAGGGACCGACGGGCAGAUUUCAGGCAAAGUUUGAGGGUGUUGAAGGCGGCGAAAGAGGAGAAGCCGAGUUUGAUCACUAAGACGAGUAUUAUGCUGGGUCUGGGAGAGAGGGAGGAUCAGCUUUGGGAUGCGUUGAGAGAGCUCCGCAAAAUUGACGUCGACGUUGUGACAUUCGGACAAUACAUGCGCCCUACGAAACGCCACAUGAAAGUCGAGGAAUACAUCACACCAGCUACUUUCGAGCUUUGGCGACAGCGAGCCCUCGAUCUCGGAUUUCUGUACUGCGCCAGUGGUCCGCUGGUCAGGAGUAGCUACAAAGCCGGCGAAGCGUUUAUUGAGAAUGUCCUUAAGAAGAGGGCUCGGAAGAGUGAGACGGCGCUAGCGGAUAUGGCUGGUGCGCUAGGAGCAGAGAAGACAGUGUAAUUGUGCUGAACUGGCUCCUAUUAUCCAUAAUUCGACUUCAACUGCAUUGCUUGGCGUUGGUUAGGUAGGCAUAGAUGGGUCUCGAGUCAUCACAGACCUCUGGGAGGUAUUCACCGAUAUUUCAACAUCAUCUUUCUGAACACAAUGGAACUUUUUAAGAUAUUAUUCAUAUACGUCACGGCCUAGACCUGUCAGCAAUUCAUUCGCGCCAUUGACAAUCGACCUGCCAGUCAUCAGCAAUUUAAUGAAGGAAUAGACUUCAGGGUUGAGUUUUCC